AUAAUAAGAAAAUUGAUUAGGCCUCAAUUCUCACGAUUUUUUUUUUUUAGUUAUUUGCAACAUUUGGGAUUAUAUGGGAGGUAAAUGAAUUCCUGCCUCAAGCAUGUACAUAUGAUAUGAUUCGAUCCUCUCAACCUCUAAGUAAGAAUCUUUUCAAAUGAACCAACAAAUAAUCUUUUCAAAUGAACCAACACUUUGUUGAUUGUUUACGUAUAGCAAAUGCUAGCGUUAAAUAACAAAAGGGGAAGAAAAAAUACUUUAACUCACUACAUGAUAGCCAGGUAGAGAGGCAACACAAAAGUAGAGAUGGCAUUACAGAUGAUGUGGUUACAAUUACAGCCAACGCCAUCCUCUACUUGGGCUGCUCCUCGUCUCACUCUUUCUAAAACCAAUCAAUGGAACUUGUGUCGCCUUCCGUCGCUUACGACCUUCACAAAGCUCAGAGCAUCCGUUGAAGAUACUGGAAAUGACACUUCUUCCACUCCUCUUCUUCAGCUACAUCAGCCCAACCAAGAAGUAGAAGAAGGUAUUAAAGUGUUGAAGAAUGCUGCAAAAACAAGGAAGGUUGAUAAAAACAAAGUUUUAACAGCUCUUUCGACUAUUGAGAAGGCAAAACUCGACCCUUCGAAAUUUCUUGAGACACUUGGAGGAUCUAAAUCACCUGGGAAGACCUGGAUGCUCAUUUUUACUGCUGAGAAAAAACUCAAGGGUGGACGAUAUUUCCCUCUAACUGCUGUCCAGAGAUUUGACGCUGAGGCAAAGAGGAUUGAAAAUGGUGUGUAUCUCGGACCACUAGGGAGUUUGAGCUUUGAAGGAAGAUUUUCAUGGAAGAAUAGAAAACUGGCUUUCAUUUUUGAGUGCAUUCGUAUAAAACUAGGACCAUUCAGUCCUUUACAAGUAAGCCUAGGAAAUCAAGAAAACAGGGAGCCAAACAACAAAGAUCCCUUCUUCAUAUGGUUUUAUGUCGAUGAGGAGAUAGCAGUGGCCCGUGGCAGAAGUGGUGGAACAGCAUUUUGGUGUCGUUGUCGCCGAGUUACUAGUACUUAACUCUCCUGGAAGCAUGCACCAACACUUUCGGAAAUUUAGUGGUUUAAAUUGUUGACAUUAUAAAUCAAAUUAUUUUAAGUUAUAAAGGCUUAUCGUACAGCUAAUAUGCAACUUAGUGUAUGUCGGUUUGCAUAGUGCAGUUUAUAUAAUUGCAAAGGUUUUUUU